GAAUCAUCAGGGAUCACUUAAUUUAAAAGUAGACAUGGCGUCUUUCAUCUGUUCUCUGCUGCUAUCUCUUCAUAAUAAAGCAAACACUGUGUAAUAUUAAAUAUUACACCGACAAGUUAAUUGCUGAUUAAGUUAAUCGGGAUUCAAUCGAAGCGGCUUUAAAAAUGUCAGAAGACAAAGUUGGUUCAUUGGAAGAGGAGGCAUUGAGAAGAAAAGAACGGCUUCAGGCACUCAAAAGGAAAAAUGAAGAAAGUAAGGAAAAUAGGAACAACAUGGAUGAAGCAUUGCCAAAACCUAAAUUCCGAAGUUACAAGCCACAAGAUGAAAACUUGAAGAAUAAUAUGUUAGAAGAUGCGAAACCUGGAGAUGUAGAAUCCGUGGUUCGUGAACAGUUGGAUGCUGCGAGCAGCAAAGUGGUCAUCGAGGAACUAGAUAUCAGUAAUUUAGCACCGAGAAAACCUGAUUGGGAUUUAAAACGAGAUAUAGCUAAAAAAUUAGAAAUAUUAGAGAGGAGAACACAGAAAGCGAUAGCGGAGGAAGUAAGGGCACGUCUUAAACAAGGCCAACAAGAUUUAGCAGUUUAUGUAAAUGAGACUAAUAAAGAAUAGAAGUAUUGUUAUUAAUAAUAUAUAUA